AUGGUAGAAGAAAGCAUACAUGUUGUAUUUCAUGAAUCGGAUAAUGAGCCAAUACAAAGUCUUGAAGAUGUCGAAGAUAAAAAGGUUGAGCACAUUGAAGACUCACAGCCUGAUCUUGAGAUCAAUGCUCAAGACUUAAAAAGACAAUUGGAACAACCAAAGGAUUUUAAAGAAGCCAUAAAGGAACUUGAGUGGAUCAUUGCUAUGCAAAGUGAACUCAAUGAGUUUGAAAGAAACAAAGUAAGGGAUAUAGUUGAAAAACCACAAGAUCGUACCAUCAUUGGAACUAGAUGGUUCUUUCGAAACAAGCUAAAUGAGGAUAGAGAAAUCAUAAGAAACAAAGCAAGGAAGAGCUCUAAAACGUCUAUGGUGAGCGACAUGAAAUUAUCCCUUCUUGAGCUUCAUGAUAAGGUGAACAUUACUACCUUUAUACUGGAUUCAUUUAUGAAGAAGAUGAAAGGCAUCAUAGUGAAAGAAGUAGAUCUAGAGGUAGAGGAAGUGGUAGAGGCAAAGGAGGAGGAGGCAGACAAGAAGAAGGAGGAAGUGAAGGAGGAGGAAGAGAAGAAAGACGAAGACGAGGAAGAGGUUGCACCUGUUGUUCCCAAUAAAGAGUCCUCACCAUAA